GAUACUGCUCUUCUCCGAAUAAACUAACAAAAAAUACGGUGCCUCCGCUGCUUGCCUUAGCUCAAACUCGUACCCUACUCCCACCUUCGCAUUUGCCCUCGCGUGGGUAGUGCCCCCACCCACUCCUGCAAAACAUCGUCCUUGCCGUUGUCCAUUCUGUUAUAUCAAUUGCCACCCAGCACUCCUCACCCCUAAUCCCAACACAAAUAUAUUACUACCCAUCACAAUGUCCCCCACCAAAGAGGACGAACCAAAGAUCGAUGCCGUAUCGGCCAAGGAGCCAAAGAAGGAGCCAAAGAACGACGCGGAAGAGCUCUCGGAGGAAGACGCGCAGUUGAAGUCCGAGUUGGAAAUGUUGGUUGAACGGUUGCACGAAGCCAAUGCUGAGCUCUACCAGCCGGCAUUGGACAAGUUGAAGGAAUUUAUUCAAGAUUCAACCUCAUCUAUGACCGCCGUUCCCAAGCCGUUGAAAUUCCUCAGACCUCUCUACCCCCUGUUGUGUGAGUUGCACUCGCGCUGGACGGACUCCACGUUGCAGUCGAAUCUUGCAGACGUCUUAUCUGUGCUCGGGAUGACGUACUCCGACACCGGCAACCAUGAAUCCUUGAAGUACCGCUUGUUGUCGCGCAACAGUGAGAUCGGCACGUGGGGCCACGAGUACGUGCGCCACCUUGCGUUGGAAAUUGGCGACGUGUACACGGAAAAGUUGGAGGCGGCCGAACCGGCCGAUGACCUCUUGCGCUUAGCUCUCGACAUUGUGCCAUUCUUCCUCAAGCACAAUGCGGAGGCCGAUGCGGUUGACCUCUUGCUCGAGAUCGAGGCCAUCGACCACUUGCCGCAGUUCGUAGACUCCCUGACCUAUGCACGUGUGUGCCUCUACAUGGUGAGCUGUGUGCCGUUGUUGGCGCCGCCAGAUGACUUGGCGUUCUUGAACACGGCCUUCCAGAUUUACCUUUCACAGGGCCUGUUGACCCAGGCGCUCGCUGUAGCGAUCAGAAUUGACGACGAGAGUCUUAUCCAAGCGGUAUUCGAUGCUACCACUGAUGAGUUGGUCCACAAGCAGCUCGGCCUAAUCCUCUCCAGACAGAAUUCUAGUUUCAAGACCGACAACCAGGACGUCCAGGACUGCAUCGCCAACGUCAAGUUGGCCGAGCACUUCCGCCACUUGAUCACAGAGUUAAACCUUCUCGAUCCCAAGGUCCCAGAGGAUGUGUACAAGUCGCAUCUCGAAAGCACCAAGUUUGGCAUUGGCUCCGGCUCUGUCGACUCUGCUAAGCAGAACCUCGCCGCCUCCUUUGUCAACGCCUUCAUCAACAUGGGCUUUGGCAGCGACAAGUUGUUGGCCGAAAAGGACUCCAAGUCCUGGAUCUACAAGACCAAGGGCGCGGGUAUGUUGUCCACCACUGCGUCGCUCGGCGCCAUCCAUCAGUGGGACGUAAACGAGGGUUUACAGGUGUUGGACGCCUAUUUGUACUCUGCCGAAGACGACAUCAAGGCGGGCGCCUUGUUGGGGAUGGGGAUCGCCAGUGCCACUGUCCAUGACGAGGUUGAUCUGUCUUUAUUAUUGUUGCAGGACUAUGUCACCAAUCCCAGCAAGAAGAUCCAGACCAGCGCUAUCACCGGGUUGGGGAUUUCCUUUGCUGGAUCGAAGAAUCCGGAAGUGUUAGACUUGUUGCUUCCGCUCGUCACCGACACCGACCAGCCAAUCGAGGUUUCCGCCAUGGCGGCCUUGGCGUUGGGGCACGUGUUUGUGGGCACCUGUCACGGCGAGAUCACCUCCGCCAUCUUGCAGACCUUGCUCGAACGUGACUUUGCCCAGUUGGAAAACAAAUGGAUUCGUUUCAUGUCCUUGGGGCUUGGGUUAUUGUACAUGGGCAAGUACGAGCAGGUUGAUGACGUCUUAGAGACCAUUUCCGCAAUCGAGCACCCGAUUGCCAAGACCUUGAAGGUGUUGGUCACCAUUGCUUCGUAUGCCGGAACGGGUAACGUGUUACAGAUCCAAGAGUUGUUGCAGAUGUGUACUGCGAAGCCAAAAUCGGAGGAGGAGACAGAGGAAGAUAGCGAGGAAAAGGAGAGUGACGAGGCCGAGGUUAAGGAAGACGCAGAGGACAAGUCGGAAACCCCAGAAGGCGAGUCUGCUCAGGGCUAUGCCGUGCUUGGCUUGGCCUGUAUCGCCAUGGGCGAACAGGUAGGUCAGGACAUGUCCCUCAGACACUUUGCCCACUUAAUGCACUACGGAAACCCGCUCAUCAAGCGUGCCGUGCCCUUGGCAAUGGGAAUCGUGUCGGCCUCCAAUCCGCAGAUGAAAGUCUUUGACACGUUAUCGAGAUACUCUCACGACUCCGAUUUAGAGGUUGCCAUCAACGCAAUCUACUCUAUGGGGAUCGUGGGUGCCGGAACCAACAAUGCCAGAUUGGCGCAGUUGUUGAGACAGUUGGCGAGCUACUACUCGCGCGAGCCAGACAGCUUAUUCACCGUGAGAGUGGCCCAGGGGUUGGUACACUUAGGAAAGGGCACCUUAUCGUUGAAUCCGUUCAAUACUGACCGCCAAAUUUUGUCUAAGGUAUCGCUUGCCGGUUUGUUGACCGUCGCGGUAACCUUGUUGGAUCCUAAGUCGUUCAUCUUGGACGAACACCACUCCUUAUUGUAUUACUUGACUCCGGCGAUCAAGCCGCGCAUGUUGGUUACAUUGGAUGAGGAGUUACAACCGAUUAAAGUCAACGUCAGAGUCGGGCAAGCCGUUGACGUUGUCGGACAAGCCGGUAAGCCAAAAACCAUCACCGGUUGGGUGACCCACUCCACCCCAGUGUUAUUGGGCCACGGUGAGAGAGCCGAAUUGGAGAACGACGAGUAUAUUUCCUUGGCCAGCUCCAUGGAGGGAGUCGUGAUUUUGAGAAAGAACCCCGAGUACGUAGAGAUCGAUUCGUAGGGUACUUUGUUUGAAGUGCUGAAAAUAAACUGAUUUGUAUUUUUAUUACAUAAAUAUGCAGUAGGGCCGGAUGAAUGAAAAUAUGGGACCAUAUGAAUUAUAGCCAGGCAUCCAGGUCAAAGGUCGAUAUAUUA